AAGUAGCCUAAACAAAACAGCAGAAAUGUUAAAAUACUAAAUGUUUAAGGGAUAUUCUGUUUUAAUUUAGGAUUGUCACAGUAAAAACUGUUAACUAAUGUGUAACUAACUAUUUUUGUAAGGGCAUUGUACCCUUUAGGAAUGUACAGUAUCAGAAUGCAAAAAGUAAAGCUACGCCCACGGGAGCACUAACGUUACAAGAAAAAGGGGGAACAACGAGGACUGUUAGCCUACUCUCACUCUAUCCAUCAUUGUUAAAUACUGGAGGCUAGUAACACAGGAAACAGAAGCUCAGGCCAGAUAACUCCACUAUCAAGUUGACUUCGGCGGCAACAGGAGAGUUGGUAGGAAGUUAUCUGUAUUCUGUUUUAGCGCCGAAACCUGAAGAAAACCAGGAAACAACGUACGGUCGACAUUCGGAAAUCAUACAGAAAUGAGGAGGAUGGCUCCCUCUCUAAUACAAGCAUUCAGGAGGCGGUGGUGGAUGGCCGUCACAGCGGUGUUGGAGAAUCUGUUGUGUUCGGCUGUGCUGUUGGGCUGGGGCUCUCUGCUCAUCAUGCUCAAAAGAGAGGGCUUUUACUCUCACCUGUGUCCAGAAGAAAAUACGACUGAGAAUGUGAAUGUUAGCAAACCAGAUGACUGGCUGAGCUGUGUGGAACAGGAUGAAAUGUUGAAUUUGGGCUUCACCAUUGGCUCAUUUCUGCUCAGUGCCGCCACACUGCCAUUGGGUAUUCUCAUGGAUCGGUUCGGCCCCAGGCCACUGCGCCUCGGCGGAAGUGCGUGUUUUGCGGUCUCUUGUAUGAUCAUAUCCAUAUCAGCCUAUCAACCAAAAGUACUCUCUGCACUCAUUUUUCUGGCUCUGUCACUCAAUGGCUUUGGAGGGAUCUGUCUGACCUUCACAUCUCUCACGCUGCCGAACAUGUUUGGAAGCCUGAGCUCCACUGUGUUGUCACUGAUGAUUGGCUCAUACGCAUCGUCGGCUGUCACCUUCCCUGGAGUCAAGCUGAUAUAUGAUGCCGGGGUGCCGUUUACUGUUAUCAUGUGGACGUGGGCCGGCCUGGCAAGUCUGGUGUGGCUCAACUGUUUCCUGAACUGGCCAGUAGAAGGGUUUGCUACCCCUGAAGAGAUUAUGGAAAAGAUGCAUGCAGCUGAAAACCACAAAUUGUCUCCAGUUGAAGAGGCGACGGGAGAAACCGAGAAACUGUCUGCUGUAGCUCAGGAUAUACAACCUUCUGUCCCGUUCCGUCGCUCUGUGUUCUCUCCCAUCUUCCUGUGGAGUCUGAUCACUAUGGGAAUGACUCAGCUGAGAAUCAUCUUCUUUAUGGGAGCAAUGAACAAGAUGCUUGAGUUCAUGGUCACCCACGGAGAGAUGCACUCCCCUGAAGAACUGGUGGAGGCAGAGCUGAAAGUGAGCUUCUACUCGUCCAUCUUUGGCACACUGCAGCUCUUGUGUCUGGUAACCUGUCCUCUGAUUGGAUACAUCAUGGACUGGAAGAUGAAAGAGUGUGAGGUGGAUCAGAAGACAGUGGAAGGAGAGAAAGAAGCUGUUGCUGUACCAAAGCGUGACAGAAAGAUCCAGAAGUUGACCAAUGCCAUGAGAGCCUUCACUUUCACAAAUGUUCUGCUCUUUCUGUUUGGGAUCCUCUCACUCAUAGACAACCUACCUCUGCAGAUUCUGACUUUCAUUUUGCAUACUAUGGUACGAGGCUUCAUUCACUCGUGUUGUGGAGGCCUGUAUGCUGCUGUGUACCCAUCCAAUCAUUUUGGCACACUCACCGGGCUGCAGUCUAUGAUCAGUGCUGUGCUGGCUCUACUGCAGCAGCCCCUCUUCAUGAUCAUGUUGGGACCUCUGAAUGGAGAUGCUUACUGGAUCAACGUGGGGCUUCUGAUCUUCUCACUGUCCGGUUUCCUGUUGCCGGGAUACUUGUUCUUCCAUCGCAAACAACUUCGUGAGAAAAGGGCUGAAGGAAAAGCUAACGGGCACAUUCCUGUCGAGGAUCAAGCUGUAAACCAGCCUCUGACCAACGGACACAGCAACGGUCACGUCCCGCAGGAAGCUUAACUCAAUAACGGAGCGUCGCAGGACUUUACACAUUUCAGCCGCAUCGACUCUGCCAUUCCCAACAUCCUCAUUUAACACGCAACUUUUUCAUUUUUUGUUGUAUGCGAGACAUGUGGUUGACGCUUGCAAGAGCAGAUGUCAGAUCAGUAUUGUCUUGUUCAGUGAUCUGUAUUAAAAAUCUCAAAAUCUGCCUGUGAAAAGUAUGCAAUGCUUUCACAAGUUUUUAGAGGAAUAUUUAUUGAACUGCGCACACGUUGGCUGUGAUUCACGGACAUGAACUACCUCAGCCAACCGCUGGACUCUCAGAGGGAACGGUUUCUGCCUGUUCAGCGUCUGCUCUCCUUCACAGAAGAGAAAGAGUGUUGAUUAUUGUGUGUAUUAUUGUGCCUGUUUUUCUGUCUAUGAUUGAAAACUUGAGAGACAAUCAACACAAGCAUUUCAGCGAACACCAAAGAUACUGCUUUUUAAAGUGUAUCACUUUAUUCUCCUCUUUUAGUUUCACUACAUUAUGUGUUAUCCCAAAGCAAAAACAUUUCAGGCAGAUUUAACAAGGUUUUUUUUAUAAAGCAACAGAAAUGAAUUUUUUGUGUUAUUAGCUUUUUUCCCUCUGUGUAUUUCAUUGAAAGGGAAUUAUAUUUUUGUAUUUCUGUUAUUGUGAUAUUGUUUCUCUUUUAAUGCGUAUGACAUGAUGCAAGUAGAUGUGCUUUGUAUAUAAUAGAACAUGCAUUCGUGAUAUUUGCGUAAACUUGUGGGGUGGGUUGAUUGGGUGUUUUUUAAAAGUUAGGAACUAAUGGCAUGCUUACAGCAGUGUCUUUCAAAUGUCAAUAUGACUUCUUGUUUAUUUGUGUGAAAAUAGUGCCUUCUGUUAUUAUUUAAAGUCAUCAUUUAAAUCUCAAUUUUAGAGAUGUGGGAAACCAAAGCCAUUGGAUCUUACUGGACAUGGAAGUGUCAAAGCCAUAUGGGAUUAUUGGAGAUGCAGAUGUGUGAGAGGAAGAGAGUAUCCAUGUACCGAGUGCAAGAAUGUCAAAUUUGAAAUACCAAAAACAUUAAAAAAAGGAAUAUUGUGAA